UUCAGAAACUCAGUCAUUCUCACUAAAGACGAUUUGAACAUGAUCGCGAAAUCUCACGGUGGUUGGUGAUGGCGAGGACGAAAAAUUGGUGGAAUCAUUCUAAAGCAAAUGCUGUUUUCAUCUGGUUCAUCUCCGCCGUGAUUUUCUACGCACUCCUACAGAUGGCUCUCCAGAAUUCUUCAUCUCCCGAUCGUCCUAAUCCACCCUCAGAUGUGACAGAUAAUAAUGCACUUUCCUAUGGUGAGCGGAGGUCUAGACUGUACGAUAAAAUGGAGAUGGAUCUGGAUGAGCAUGGUGCUGCUUUUAUUAAGCAAGGAGUAACUUCUCAGUCUUUGUCACUUUCAGAUCUCUUCGCACUAAAGGAUGGAAGUGUAACACCAAUUCUCAAGGCUGCUGAACCGCCUGUGCGUGCUAAUGUUUUACAUCUCAGCACCGAGUAUUCGCUUCCUAUAUCGGAGGCUGUAAAGAGCAUAUUUCUUCCCCAUUUUAAUAACAAAAUCUGGUUUCAAAACUCCAGUGUAUUUCAUUUCAGCAUGUUCCAUGCUUCACACCAUAUUGAGCCUGUUCUAGCAACAGAGGCAGAGAUUGAAGCUGAAGCAAAUGGUGUCAAAGAUGUUGCUGAUGUACUCUGCCCAUUGAAAAUUGUCUUGGAUAGGGUCGUCUUGACCUCAACAGGUGUGCUUCUAGGAUGUUGGCAGGUUACUUCUGGGACUGAUCCUAUAAUUCUUCGUGCUAAACUUAAAGCUGCUCUUCCUCGAGCCCCAAAGAAACAACUUUAUGAUGAUGCUAUUCUUCACACCUCAUUUGCGAGACUUCUAGGAGGUCCUAAUGCUUCAUUUUUGGAUAAUAGAACAUCAGACCUACAAUUUUUCCAUGAAUUGGUUUCAAGUUUAAAUGUCAAAAUCAAGGGAUUCCAGGCAACGGUUUCUGAACUUUGGUAUGUCGAGGAGUAUGAUGUUCUAGCACUUGCACUAAACGGAAGAAUGAAAGUUCGCAAAUUCCCACUUGCCUGCUCUCUCUAGAAAUUCUCGAGGAGGAUUCAAUUAAGUUAAUUCUCACUCCCAGGAGUUUUUUCUUCUUCUCUUCAUCAUGUCGAGAUAAGUUGAUGUCUCUCAUUUUUACAUUUAAUUUUUUUGUAGCUUCUAUUUUUCCAAGUGUAGUAUGCUAGCACUGAAUUCGAUUCACCAUGUUAUUUAAAAUAGCUUCUUAUUUUGAAGGAUGCUAAUAUUUAUUCAUUUAUUGUCCCAUAAGAUUGAUGGAGUUGAGCGAGAAGAUUUUCACCCGA